AUGGCGGACGCUACCAUCACUGAAAGCAAGAGUCAAGCAACAAGCAGAAGAAAACCACCAGAGGUAGAUGUUAAAGUGCCAGAGGUUGAAAAUCUCCCGCAGCACUCAGAGCCUUGGAAAAACGUCCAAAACAACUUUCUGCCGGUCCAUUUUCUUUUGCUGACGGUAAAUGACUGCGAAUUCCGAAGCUGUCUUUCCUUUCUCAAAGAAGAUUUUGUGAAAAGUUAUCGCAAAACCCUUGGCUUUGUAUACUUUGGAAGUAUCCUUGACAACGAGAAAGUGAAGGUUGCAGUGAUGAAAUGCAAUAUGGGUGGUGCCGCUCCCGGUGGUUCCCUGGUUGUUGUCCCGAAAGCGGUCCGCAUCUUGAAGCCCAAAGCUGUGUUUAAUGUGGGUUUCUGUGCUAGUUUGAACAAGGAGAAAGCAAAGCUAGGUGAUGUGGUCGUGUGCUCAAAGUUAAUAACCUACGCCUUCAUAAAACAAGAGGAAGAUAGGAUCGAGGAGCAAGGUGUCAGAGUUCCUUUAAAUAAGGGUCUAUCAGGUGUUGCCAGACACAUUGGAGAUGGAUGGAAACCACCCGUGAAGAACUCAACCGAUCUGAAGGUGAAACCAAGCACGAAUGGCGUAUUUCUGAGUGGGCCUGAGGUGAUUAACGACCCAAAACGACUUGCUGCACUGAUGAAACGAUUUCCAGAAGCAACAGCAAUUGAGAUGGAAGGGGAAGGUAAUAAAUGAAAAGUAAAAGUACGUAUUUCAGACUAUUUAUAUCUGUACGGGGUCCUGUUUGGCCGUCCGUCUUUCUUUCUGUCUUUCUGUCUUUAAUGUCUGUUGGUCUCUUUUUCUAUCUGUUACACAUGCCAGGAUACAUACAGCUGCUGAAUCAAGUUAAGUUUCACCACCAUUUCAUUUUUAUUUUGUAAAUCAAUUUUUUUUUCUGGAAUGUUGAUGGAUAAUCACUGUAAGAAGUAUUUUUGACUGCCUUGUCCUCAAAAUCAAUAAAAAGUGGCAAGUUACACUAAAAUUUUAGCCCAACUUACAUUCAUAACCAUAACAAUCGAUUCUCAUUGAGCUUGGCACCUGCGAACGAAAUAAAUUAUGUCCAAGUGAUGGAAUAUCGGAUACAGUUGAACGGAAGUUGCAGGAGAAGUAAAAUCCACAUUACAAACAUCAAAACAAAUUAAAGCUAGAAUAACGAAGAUUACAACUCUGAUGCCUUUCGUUUGUUGUCUGUUUGAUAUUUUACUCAUUUUUCGCUCUCUUUAUUUCUUCCUUGCAUGCUCCCCAUUACCUUGUAUGACAACUAUUUCGCUGUUUCUAUCUGUCCUUCCAUGAGUCUCUCUGAUAACUGUCUGCCAGUGUCUCUCUUUCUAACUGAUUUAAAAUAAUAUGUAAUUUCUUUAAUCGUAGCACAACUGCAAGGAUCAUAUCUUUGCUAAUAUUUACUGAUAUACUUAUCCAUUUACUUAUUUAAAAAGGCAAAGUGAAAACCCGGCGUCUAUUCAGUGUCUCUUAUAAACCAAUGCUUUUCUUUAAGGUCUUUACGCAGCCGCCCAUGAUCUCAACAUUGAAUGGAUUGUCAUUAAGGGCGUGUCAAACUUCGCCGAUGGAAAAAAAUCUGAAACUGAUCAUUGGAGACUAUUUGCCAGUGUUAUGGCGGCCCUCUCGUUGCACACAUUCUAA